UAUGCGAUAAAUGUGAUGCGCUCGCUUUGCGGUGAACGAAGUCUAUUGCUCUUCAGUUGUUCACGCAUGAACGUUCAUGCUUUGCAGUGAACGCAUCGCUAAGCGGUAGUGAAGAGCAACAGAACUCGUUCACCGCAAAGCGAGCGCAUCACAUUUAUCGCAUAAAUCUAUCGCAUGAAUUUACUCAGAGUGAUGGAUUUAGCGCAUAACAAAGCCUGUAGCCGAUAAACAUAAAAAAUCGCUUACCACUUUUAUUCAAGAUUCGUCCAAACUUUCAUUUCAAAUUCAAUCCAUCGUUGAUGUGAACGACUGUAAUUUCUUUUAACAUUAAUUAUUUUUCGUAAUUUUAGACAGAAAAAUUGGAAAAUUUCCGCGAUAAACGAAACAUGAAUUCGAAAGGGCACGUUAAUCUCACCUAUGUGAACGAUUCGGGGAAACACACAACUGGCAUUAAGAAUGUUAAAGAAGAAGACCUUUACAGUAUAGAUCUCUCCGACAAGAUUCAAAAAGUUGAAAAUUAUGAUCCAUAUCUUCAUCGAACUGUGGAGCAUCCACUCUCAAACACCGAAACAAUUAUUCAUUUGCUGAAAAGCAGUUUGGGAACAGGAAUUUUGGCGAUGCCUCAAGCUAUUUAUCAUGCCGGGUGGCUAUUGGGCUCGAUAGGAACGGUUGCGAUUGGUCUUAUAGCGGUUUACUCGAUGCAAAUUUUACUGUCAUCACACUAUGAACUGUGCAAAAGAAGAAAAGUUCCAAGCAUGGACUAUCCAGCAAUUGCACAGAAUGCUCUUCUCGAAGGACCGCAAUGGCUUCACAGAUACGCAUCACUCGUUGUACAUAUAACAAACGGAUUCCUUUGGACAUACCAGAUAGGUUCGUGUUGUAUCUACGUUGUUUUUAUCGGGGGGAAUAUAAAAUCCAUUGUCGACUAUUUCACUCAAGCUGAUAAUGAUAUCCGAUUAUUUAUGUUGAUGAUUCUUUUACCAAUCAUUUUUAUCAAUUGGGUACGGAAUUUAAAGUAUUUGGCGCCAUUUUCCACACUGGCCAAUUCCGUGACAGUCAUUUCGUUUGCAGUCAUUUUCUACUUCAUUUUCCGCGAACCUAUAGUGUUAGAAGGUCGACGACCGGUCGGCCCAUUGAGUGAAAUUCCAUUUUUCAUUGGAACCGUUUUAUUUUCCCUUGAAUCCGUUGGAGUUAUUAUGCCAUUGGAAAAUGAAAUGCGAACACCGCGAUCAUAUGUUGGAGUUACCGGUGUUCUGAGUCGAGCAUUUGCCGUUAUUGUUAUUCUGUACAUUGGAAUGGGUCUCUUUGGCUACCUUAAAUAUGGUGAUGUCAUUCGCGAAUCAAUAACCCUUAACUUGGAAAUCAACGAUCAGAUAGACAACAUACUUGCCCAAUCCGUGAAAGCAAUGCUAGCCUUUGGUGGUAUCGCACUCAAAUUUUUCACAGGUAUUUUCAUUACCCACGGAAUAGCAUGCUAUGUUGCUAUUGACAUCACUUGGAAUAAGUAUAUUGUGGACCGAAUUUCGAAUGAUCGCCACAAAUUGUUGUGGGAGUAUGUUGUGCGCACUGUGAUCGUUCUCAUUACUUUUCUGUUGGCUGUUGCUAUUCCAAAAUUGGACCUGUUUAUCUCGUUGUUCGGUGCAUUUUGUUUGUCAACGCUUGGACUUGCAUUUCCAGCUCUCAUCGAAACGCUUGUGUUCUUGAAAGAGAAAUCUGGUACAGCGAGAACCAUGAUGAUAAUCAAAAAUACGAUAAUCUCUAUUUUUGGUUUGUGUGCACUCAUCAUUGGCACAUCAACCAGUGUAUUGGCGAUAAUCGAAUCUUUUACCAAAAAAUGAACAUGUUUACUCUCAGAUAAUUUCAUGUUUUAAGAACUAUAGAAUUCAUAAAUCAGAGCGAGUUAAUGCGACAAUAAAGAUAAUUUACCAUCAUCAAUGGAAUUUUACGAUAAGUUUAAGUAAACAUCAUUCAAGUUUUUUUGUCAUCAACG